UGCCCGGAUGCAGCGGGAGGAGGCGCUGCCGCCAUAUUUGCCCGGAGAGCAGCGAGCUGGUAGCUGCGGAGCCCCCCGGACCCAUCGGCUGCCAUCCGCCCCGCGCAGUCCCCGCCGCCGCCCCGCCCGUAGGACAUGGACGAUCGGGAGGACCUCGUCUAUCAGGCCAAGUUGGCUGAGCAGGCUGAGCGCUACGAUGAAAUGGUUGAAUCAAUGAAGAAAGUGGCUGGAAUGGAUGUGGAGUUGACAGUGGAAGAAAGAAACCUGCUUUCUGUUGCAUAUAAAAACGUGAUUGGAGCCAGGAGAGCUUCCUGGAGAAUAAUCAGCAGCAUUGAACAGAAAGAAGAAAACAAAGGUGGAGAAGACAAAUUAAAAAUGAUUCGGGAAUAUCGGCAAAUGGUUGAGACUGAACUGAAGUUAAUCUGUUGUGACAUUCUGGAUGUACUGGACAAACACCUCAUUCCAGCAGCUAACACUGGCGAGUCCAAGGUUUUCUAUUACAAAAUGAAGGGGGACUACCAUAGGUAUCUGGCUGAGUUUGCCACAGGAAAUGACAGGAAGGAGGCUGCAGAGAACAGCUUGGUGGCUUACAAAGCUGCUAGUGAUAUUGCAAUGACAGAACUCCCACCAACACAUCCCAUCCGUUUAGGACUUGCGCUCAACUUCUCUGUAUUCUACUAUGAAAUUCUUAAUUCUCCUGAUCGUGCCUGCAGGUUGGCAAAAGCAGCUUUCGAUGAUGCUAUUGCAGAACUGGAUACACUGAGUGAAGAAAGCUAUAAGGACUCUACACUUAUCAUGCAGUUGUUACGUGAUAACCUGACACUAUGGACUUCAGACAUGCAGGGUGAUGAUUCCUAAAGGAAAGUCCAACUGUUCAUUUCCUAAAAACUCUACUUUGUGAAGAACAGAAUAAAGAAGCAUUGCAGGAUGUGGAAGAUGAAAACCAGUGAGACACAAAGGCCAACAAGAGAACCCAUCUCUGACCACCCUUCCCCUUCCCCACAAAAACCCUCAGUGUCACUCUGAGAACCACCAAAUCUGACUUUUACAUUGGGUCUCAGAAUUUAGGUUCCUGCCCUGUUGGGUUUCUUUAUUUUUAUUUUUUUUACACAGUUUAAAAGUUCUUAAAGGCAAGAGUGAAUUUCUGUGGAUUUUACUGGUGCCAGCUUUUAGGUUCUUUAAGACACUAACAGGACUGCAUAAAGGCUCUUUCAGCAUUACUGUAUUGUCUCUGCCAGCUGUGGUGACAUUGCCAUCAGACCUGGAUGUGACACCUGAAGGCCGUGUAGGGAGAGAUUGGUCCUGGCCAGGUAGUGCUUAUGUGGUGGCAUCUUUCUUUUUUUUAUAACUGUUUAAACUGAAUUUUAUACCAAUGUUUCAACUUAAUUGGGUGUUUAGCUUGAAGUUACGAGGUUGCAUUUGGGACAUUUAUUGUAGUGGUUUUACUGUAUAAAAACAAAAAAGUUUCCAAACUGCUGAAAUGUUGCUGAAAAUCAUGGUGCUGGUAACAGUUCAACAAUCCGUGGCUGCUCAUUCUUGCCUGUUCUUUACUUUCCCUCCAAGCAGGUUAGCAUUGAAGGUGGCAUUGAUAAGCCUGCAUGCGUGUUCAAUAUUUUUUCUUUUCUCCCUCCCCUCUCCCCAUCUCCCUUCGCUCGCUCAACCUCUUUUGUUCAGUAUGUGUAACUUGAAGCUAAUUUGUACUACUGGAUAUCUGACUGGAGCCACAGAUACAGAAUCUGUAUUGUUCUUACUGAAACACAGCAUGGAAUUAACAUUAAACUUAAAUAAAACAAACCUAAAUUAAAAAUGCCAA